AUGGCUCUGAAAGUUCUUCAUCAGAACGUGCAGAAACUGCCCCGCAGUCACAGCGUGAGGUUUUCCAACGACGAGUUACCCAAGUACAAAUCACUUGAUUCGUCAGAUUCAAGCUGCAAUGGAGGUCCCCAGUCGUUCCCCGGAUACGAUUCUGGAGCACCCAGCCCUGAUGCGUGUCACUUUCAACCCGCCGCUCAGAGGUUUCGUCUGAACGAACAAAGAAUAAAACUAUUGACGGCCAUUAACCAGAUAGUCCAGCAGCGUGCGGACCUCGAGAACAACCGAGCCACCCUCUCGAGCCUCCUAGAAGAACUGAAGAGGAAACUCAAGAGGAGAGUAGAGGAAUGUCACUACGAGAAAAAGGAAAAGAUGAAGGCAUUAAAACACGCAAACCAGAGAUUGGAGAAGGAAAAAUCCAGCAUCAUGUCGGAAAUUGAGCACCUCAAAAGACAUCUAGAGAGGGAGGAAGCACACCACGUUCAGCACGCGCGUAAUGCUGUCGCACAGGCGAUACAGGGUGUGACGAAAAUGCACUCGGAACAGCUCUUCACGCCUUGUUCAGUGACGCAGCUGCCUAACAUUGUCAGCAGGAACGUUGCUAAGAAUGCCCCGUCCAAAGUUGCUGAUAACAAGCUUGCAGCCGCGCGUUUGAUGCGGGACAUUGCGGAGCUGAGACAACGCGUGGCACAGGUGGAAGCACGGCUGGCAAACGAAUUGAAGCGUAAACGGCAGGCUGAGAUCGACAUUGUGCGAUUGAGGAAGGAACUAUCAACAACAAAGAGUUCGGUCGCGGCGCUUCGCAUCGCGCCGCCGCCUCUAAGAAAAACCUGCUCUAAGUUUGCCUAA